AUGCUUCGCUUCCUGAUUAAGACUCCAUGCCCCCGACUGAAGGAUAUUUGUAUCUCUCAACAGCUUGACAAGAUCGAGGCUCAGGAGAAAUCUCUCGUAUUCCCGUCGUUCACCUCCGAUACUGCCUUCGCCCUCGGCAUGGCUUUACGCACUCGUAUCCUAGCGUUAAAAUCCGCCAACCCUGCUAUCAUAUCUAUCUCCCUUGGGAACACCAGCCCACCGCCUCAUUGCCUUCCUCAUACCGUAUUUCAAGCCGUCACACGCCCAGGAAUCACUCUCAAUAUUGCCUCUUCGAUCGCUCGUAAUCGGAACACCGUUUUGAGGUUUGAACGCUCGAGUUACUAUAUGAGCGUGCGCUUUCGCGACGUUGGAGGACAUCAAACGACAAGAGAAAAAAAAAUUUCAAAGUGGGCCUGUUUGAGCGACGAGGAGUCGACACUGUAUUCACUUGAUGGUGGUGGAGUGCCCAUCAUGGUGGAGGGCGUGGAGGGCAUUGUGGGGGUUGUCGUCGUGACUGGGUUGAAUUACCAUUCGGACAAUCAUAUGGUCAUUGUCGAGACGAUUCAAGAUUUUCUGAAUGAGGAGAAGCAGCAGUAGAAAUGAGUGCGGUUUAUAUUGAUGGAACGAGAAGAACGUUGUAUUUUACAAUGUCAGAAAAUGCUGCCAGAUUUGGGUGGAUGGUCGCAGCUCAUGGCACAUUCCUGUACUUUUUUGGUCAAGCCAGCUUG